AUGUAUACACGUUGGAUAUAUCAUGGAGAGUGUUUGGAUGAUCAUAACGUGGUUAGUCACGAUUCUAAUGAAAAUGAUAACAAUGUUUCUGACAAUGAUAUUGGUGAUAAUUUAAAAGGCAUGUUACAUGAUGUGGAGGAUGAGGUUGUUGAUAAGGAUUAUGAAAAAUUUCAACAGUUAUUUUCUGAAUCUGAAAAAGAAUUGUAUCCUGGAUGUACAAAAUAUACCAAACUUUCAGGUGUCUUGAAAUUGUUUAACGUGAAAGCAAGUCAUGGUUGGAGUGAUAAAAGUUUCACAGAGUUACUAAGGAUAUUGCAUGACAUACUCCCAAAAGGUAAUAGGCUACCGGUUUCAACAUACAAAGCAAAAAAACUCAUGUGUCCAAUGGGAAUGAAAAUUGAAAGAAUAGAUGCGUGCCCGAAGGAUUGUAUGUUAUAUCGAAAUGAUUAUAAAGAUUUAGAUCAAUGUGUUACAUGUGGUAUGUCACGAUACAAAAAAAAUAAUCGAACAGGGGUUGACGGUAUCGUGUCGAAUGAUGGGCCCCCGACAAAAACAUUAUGGUAUUUACCUAUCAUACCGAGAUUGAAACGAUUAUUUGCAAACUCUAAAAAUGCAAAGUUGUUGCGUUGGCAUGCCGAAGAGCGUAAAAUAGAUGGAAAGAUUAGAUAUGUGGCUGAUUCGUCUCAGUGGAGGAAUAUAGAUUCCAGUUUUGAAGAAUUUGGUGAAGAAAUUAGAAAUAUUCGGUUUGGUCUUAGUUCAGAUGGAAUUAAUCCAUUUGGAGACAUGAGCAAUCGACACAGCACUUGGCCAGUCCUUUUAUGCAUUUACAAUCUUCCACCAUGGUUAUGUAUGAAACGUAAAUACAUCAUGAUGUCAUUGCUCAUUCAAGGUCCUAAACAGCCUGGAAAUGACAUUGACGUGUAUUUGGCUCCAUUAAUAGAUGACUUGAAAACAUUAUGGAGUAUAGGUGUCGAAGUUUUUGAUGCGUACAAGCGAGAAAGUUUCCAACUUAGAGCUUUACUGUUUUGCACAAUAAAUGAUUUUCCGGCAUAUGGUAAUUUGUCAGGCUACAGUACCAAGGGGAAAAAAGCUUGUCCUGUGUGUGGAGAUUACACAGAUUCUUUAAGGUUGAAACAUUGUGGAAAACAUGUGUUCGUGAAUCAUCGAAGGUUUCUUACAAAAUACCAUCCGUACCGCAAGCUAGAUGCAAAAAUGUUUUAUGGGCUUUGGAUGGGAAAAACAAAGGAUGGGAUCAAUGUUAGAAAGGACAUGGUCGACUUGGGAGUACGACCAGAGCUCCCUCCGGUCAAUAAUGGAAAGCGCACAUGGUUGCCAGCAGCUUGUUAUAACUUGUCGAAAGCCGAGAGACAAAGUUUUUGUAAAUGCUUGCAUGGUGUUAAAGUUCCGUCCGGGUAUUCGAUCUGCAAACAUUAA